AUGACUGGUGUAUUGAAUCGAGAUUUGUCAAAAUCCUUGAUAGGAUGUUCCCAAGUCGUGAUUGUGACAUUGUCAGUCCCUCGUAUGAAAAGUAGCCGGCCUUCAACUGUUUGGCUGGCAUCCCAAUGGGCGGGCAAAGUCUGUUGUAUAUCAUCUCGAGAUAGACGAUUUGUGCGAUCUUGUUUCGCUGCUACCAGCUCCCGACUCCGUGCUCUGAUGCAUGGUUACGUGGCAGGUGGAGAAGCGAUCAGCUUUCGACGUCGAUGUAUGGAGAAUAAAUCAAGACAACAUGGCAAGAAGUGCUUACAAUCGUCUAUUUGCAAGCCAAAGAGAAGAGAAAACAAAUGGGUUCCAAGUCAGGUUAUAUACAUUAUGUAUGGCGGACACAGGAGUGUACAGAAAUUCUAG